GGGAAAGUGCGCAGGCGUGCGACUCCGGCGCGCGCAGGCGCAAAAGGGCGCAGCCCGCUGUCGGGUCCGUGGUGUCCGAGCAGCCUCGGCCCUGAGAGGAGUGACCGGAACUGCUGGAGUAUCUACAUUUCCGUUUCUGUGCCUAUCAGGAGUUUUAAUUCAUCAUGGAUAAUCUGUCAUCAGAAGAAAUUCAGUUGAGGGCUCACCAGGUUACUGAUGAGUCUCUGGAAAGUACAAGGAGAAUCCUGGGUUUAGCCAUUGAGUCUCAGGAUGCGGGAAUCAAGACCAUCACUAUGCUGGAUGAACAAGGGGAACAACUAAACCGCAUAGAAGAAGGCAUGGAUCAAAUAAAUAAAGACAUGAAAGAGGCAGAGAAGACUUUAACAGAACUCAACAAGUGCUGUGGUCUUUGCGUCUGCCCAUGUAAUAGAUUCUCAGAUGUUGGUUGUUUCUAUGGAAUCAGGACAAAGAACUUUGAGUCUGGUAAGGCCUAUAAGGCAACAUGGGGAGAUGGUGGAGACAACUCUUCUAGCAAUGUAGUAUCUAAGCAGCCAGGCCGAGUAACAAAUGGUCAGCCUCAGCAAGCAGCCACAGGAGCAGCCAAGGAUGGAUACAUUAAACGUAUAACAAAUGAUGCCAGAGAAGAUGAAAUGGAAGAGAACCUGAGUCAAGUGGGCAAUAUCCUAGGAAAUUUAAAAAACAUGGCCCUGGACAUGGGCAAUGAGAUUGAGGCUCAGAAUCGACAAAUAGACCGGAUCACAGAAAAGGCUGACACCAACAAAGAUCGUAUUGAAGGUGCCAAUGCCAGAGCAAAGAAACUCAUUGACAGCUAAAGUACUGCUGUACUUCUUUACCAUUUAUUCACUUAUCUAGCUCUUCCUUCAGAGUCAUUGCCUUUUCAGAGUUUGAAAUUUUGGUUCCACACUCUUCUAAUCAGGAGAUAAUGUGGAAGAGGGGCAAGGAGUCACACCCCCCACCCCCCACCCCCUGUUUUUUAUUUUCUCUUUUUUCCUUGAGGGUAGACUGCUGCUCAGCCUUCCUUCUAAUAUUUUCUUUCUCAGUUUAUACUCGUAGCUUGGUUUUUAUACAUCAUAUAUAGCAUUGUUUUUCACCCUCCUCAUUUACUGGAGUAGGUAGGUUCUUGUGCUUUCAUGAUUUGGAAGCAUUGCCAAAGACAGCCACGAAAUAGGAAGCUGGGGACAGGGGUGGGGGAGUGCAAGGAGGAGAAGCAAGAGAUAAGAGGUUGUUACCUCAGUAAAACCUUCAGGCCACAAAGCAGUAAGUUGCAUAGCCGCAGUUAAGAUCUAGUUGGGUUUAGAUUUUAAGUUGCAGUUAUUGCCAAUUUAGGCUAUUACUUAGUUUUGGAGCUCUUAUAUACAAUAUUUUUGUUAUACAUCACAACUUUGGAACCUCUGCUUCAAAAAAGAAUGGGAUGAGUUUUCUUAAAGUGAGUUUAAUUCCUGAACUCUUGAUGAUUCAUAUAUGUACAUUGAGUCUGUGAUCACAUUUCAUAUUGCACCAUACAGGAACAAAUGAAUGGCUUUUUAUUUUCAUAUUAUUAGUAUCAUGGUUCUAAUUCAAGCCUAUUAACCUCAUAAAUUUGUCAUUAGUCUUUGAAGAAAAAUAUUUAAAUGUGUAUUGUAACAUGAGAAUUUCUGUCUAAAGCAGGGCUUAAAAUUUUGGGGGAAUGUUUGACAAAAUAUUUCACAUGAUUUCAGAUUUACCUCAAUGCCAAGAAUUAUGUUUAGAUAGGAAAAUAUAAACUUGUUUUGAUCUCAGGUAGAAAAAUCAUUAGAUUUUUGUUUUAUGUAGAUUUAGACUUUAGAAUUCUGUUUAACUAAAAUUGAUUUGGAAAAUUAUGCCUUUGUUUUUAUUAUUGAUGAUUGCACUAUCAUUCUUUUAGCCUUGUGUAUUGAACUAUGUUCAAAAUCACACUUGUUUAGAUCCUGAACAGUGUUAUAAGAAUCUGAUUGGUAUUUGUCACCUUUAUUUAAAAGCUGGCACCUGUACACAUCAAAACUAUUAAUGUGGUUUGGUUUGACCGAUAACCACUGCUUGAUCCUUACAAUUAAAUUUUGUAACUGAUGGAAUUGUUCUUUCAAAA